AUGGCGAGGGGGGGGACAGUGUUCCUCGUCCUAUGGGUGGCCGUCACCACCGCCGCGGGCGGUAAACAAGAACAAUCAAGCUCAACAGAAGCGGAGCACAGCACGGCCGCCCCAACACCAACCGUACCACUAAGACCCGAGUACGCCCAUCCAGCGGGCGUUGAAGCAUUGGACCCGUAUAACUCUGAAAACAACCACCAAGCACCUCACCACAGAGAUUAUUUGGAAGAAGACUAUGACCACGAAUCCCACAAAGAGGACGAUCACGAGAGCAGGGAUGAUACGGACGAACUGCCGUCUCUCUCUGGUGACCAUCUCUUGCAAAGUUCGACAGACGAUUUACCGAUAUUCCUUCUUGAGCCGCAGCACGCGUUCGUCGUGCGGAACAAGCCGGCCAUGUUAAGGUGUCGCGCCGCGAACGCCCUGCAGGUGUACUUCAAGUGCAACGAUAUUCGGUCGGUUGCUAGCACUCAGUUCGAGUUCGUGGACCCCCAGAGUGGUGUCAGAAUUGUUGAGGCGGAAUGCAACGUCACAAGGGAUCAAGUUGACGAGUAUUUCAGUGAGGAGUUCUCGUGCACGUGCUUCGCUUGGAGCAGCCGGGGCGAUAUAAGGAGUCAGCCGGCGAUCGUGAAGCUUGCUUACAUAAGGAAGCAAUUCCCGAUGUCUCCAUCGCCGACUUCCGUGGAGGCUGGAUUGACGGCUUCACUACGGUGCUCCCCACCAGAAGCGGUUCCUCCACCGAGAGUCUCCUGGCUGAAGCACGGCACGCCGCUGCAGCAAGACCACAACAUCGUGAUCUCCGCCGAAGGCAACCUGGUUAUAUCCAGGGCUAGCCUACAGGACAUGGCGAACUACAGCUGCGUGGCUGAAAAUAUAGCUGGCAAGAGAAUUUCUGAGCCCGCUCUAUUGACGGUGUACGUGAAUGGUGGCUGGAGCUCGUGGGGCCCGUGGACCCAGUGUCGCUGCAACGGGCGCGUGACGGGGGGCCAGAGGCGCACGCGCACAUGCACCGAGCCGCACCCCCUGAACGGGGGCGCCCCCUGCCAGGGGCAGGCCGUGCAGAGAACAAACGACUGCGUCCCCUGCCAAAGCGACGGAUAUAUGGACCUACAAGCUUACGACAACACACAACAAUUGCUCAUUGCCCUGCCCGGUCGGUGGGGCGCGUGGUCCGAGUGGUCGGUGUGCGGGGCUGAUUGCCGGCAGACCCGGCGUCGAUCCUGCACUGGGGACACACCCUGCUCUGGGGCGCACGCACAACACGCCGACUGCGUGGGCGACUACUGCGGCGUACACGGAGUUGCCGCGCACAGCGACAUUCCCCUCUACAUCGGUAUCGCCGUAGCCGUAGUAGUGUUCCUUUCCGGUGCGGCGGUCGUCUACAAACUUCUACAAAGGAAGACGAGAGACCACUCGCUUUACACUAUGACGAGAACAGAUUUCCAACCGGAAAUGUAUCCGACCGUUGAGAAGCAAUCACUGUCCCUGGCACCAGACCUGAUGCAGCAUCGACCCCCGAGAUACGAGCAUCCGCAACCCGAUACCAGGGCGGAGCACCAUUACGAUGUACCCCAUCUCACCAACAGUUACGCGUCUCCCGUGGACCACCAGGUUACGCCAUGUGCGUCUAGCAAAGGACAAAGCGACGAGUACGACAGCAAACCAUACAGCGAAUCUGAGCACUCCGUUUCCAGUUGUUUCACAAGCUCCGGCUCUAUGUACGAUGCUGCGAACGAAUCCGUUACCCUCCAACUGGCGGAACUCGUCUCGAACUCGCCAACGUCACAGUCGCUCUCUGUAUCAAGCGCGGGGUCGAGAUUGGCUUUGCCGGCUGCAGGAGUUGCGCUAUCCAUACCCGAAGGAGCCCUUAGUAGGUGCCGCCGGGAACAAAUGUACCUGGCUGUCGUCAAAGAUGACAGAUACCGAUUUAGAGUCGGAAAAGGCAUCACGCAACUGAGUCCAGUCGUAAAGUGCGGACCACCGCGCCUUCAAUUAAACAAGUCGGUUGUCCUCCAGAUACCGCACUGCGCUAGCUUGAAGCACGGCUUCUGGAACCUUUCCUUGUACGCCAUUGAUCAUAACAGCACCAAAUCGGACAACGCCCAACCACAAUGGAAGAAGGUCGUUGGCCUCGGUCAGGAGACUAUCAACACCCCAGUAUUCACCCAGUUGGACAAUGACAAAAUAUUCCUAGUCACUGACAUCUUGUCUACGUUUGUUCUCGUCGGAGAGAGCUUUAAUGGUAAAGCUGUUAAAGCACUCCAGCUGGCAAUAUACGCUCCGGCUGUUCCAAAUGAAGCCUCCCCUGAGUAUAACAUACGGUUGUACAUAUUCGAAGACACCCCAUGUGCCCCGUACUAUUGUCAAGAGCAAGAAAAGAAGCUAGGCGGUGUUCUAAUCGAUCGGCCCAAAACGCUGCUAUUCCAAGACGGGGGCUCCAAUCUGUGUCUGAACUUGGAGCACGUGAGCCCCGGUUGGAAGACCAAACCGGGCCUGGGCUACCAAGAAAUACCCUUCUCGCAUGUCUGGAGCUCAAACUACAAUGCGCUACACUGCAGUUUCGUUUUAGAGAGGACACACGACUGCGACAGCAUGGAUUUCAGUAUAUCCGCCUGUCAAAGGACCAACCCCACGUACAAGCAAACGUUCCGGAUAUCGCUGGAAGAUAUACGCAGCCGGUCGCCGCGUGGCAGGUCCCCGCGCGCGGAAUCGCAGCGCAGCUUCAACAUAACCGAGAACCUAAUCGAGGCCCGUAUGUGCCGAAGCGACGAGGGGAGCGAAGGCAGCGCUAAGAGAAGUGUGACUGUCAGCGAGGCGGGUAUAAACGAGUGCGCGGGCGAAGGUCCGUUCAAGCUGAGCCCCCGAGUGAAGAGGCAACUGUGCGCCAUACUGGAUCCGCCGAACGCGCGCGGGAACGACUGGCGCGCACUAGCGUCGAGGCUAGGCGUGGACCGUUACACCACGUGGUUCGCCACGAAGAGCUCGCCCACGGAGGCCAUUUUAGAGCUGUGGGAGUGCAGGGAGCGCGCGCCGGGAGCCACCGCCUCUUUAGCGGCCGCAUUACGUCAGAUGGACCGACACGACGCCGCUGAUUUACUGCACGGCCGACCCUCCUGGUUA